AGGAAGAUGCUGGCCGCUGCUGUCUCUCGCAUGCUGUCUGACAUCACCCCGAAGCCUGCUACUAGCAGAGUGCUGGUAGCAUCCUGUGACUAUUCAAAUGAUGCUACAUUUGAAAUUAAGAAAUGUGAUCUUUAUCGGUUGGAAGACGGUCCCCCCGUCACUGCAAUGCUCACCCGGGAGGAUGGACUCAAAUACUACAGGAUGAUGCAGACUAUUCGCCGAAUGGAAUUGAAGGCAGAUCAGUUGUAUAAACAGAAAUUUAUUCGUGGUUUCUGUCACUUGUGUGAUGGUCAGGAAGCUUGCUAUGUGGGUCUUGAGGCCGGGAUAAAUCCCAGCGAUCACAUCAUCACAUCCUAUCGGGCUCACGGUUUCUGCUACACUCGUGGACUUUCUGUACGAUCAAUUCUUGCAGAGCUGACAGGACGAAGAAGUGGUUGUGCUAAAGGAAAAGGAGGGUCAAUGCAUAUGUAUACCAAGAACUUCUAUGGGGGCAAUGGCAUUGUGGGUGCUCAGGUACCCCUGGGAGCUGGUAUUGCUCUGGCCUGUAAAUAUAAAGAAAACAAGGAGGUGUGUUUAACUAUAUAUGGGGAUGGCGCUGCUAAUCAGGGUCAGAUAUCUGAAGCUUACAACAUGGCAGCUGUGUGGAAUUUACCUUGUAUUUUCAUCUGUGAGAAUAACCGCUAUGGAAUGGGAACAUCUGUUGAGAGAGCAGCAGCCAGCACUGAAUACUACAAGAGAGGCAAUUUCCUCCCUGGACUCAAGGUAGAUGGAAUGGAUGUUCUGUGUGUCCGCGAGGCAACUAAGUUUGCAGCUGACUACUGUAGAUCUGGAAAGGGGCCCAUACUGAUGGAGCUGCAGACAUACCGCUAUCACGGACACAGCAUGAGUGAUCCUGGAGUCAGUUAUCGGACACGAGAAGAAAUUCAGAAUGUAAGAAGUAAGAGUGAUCCCAUUAUGCUUCUCAGAGAUAAAAUGGUAAACAACAAGCUUGCCAGUGUUGAAGAACUGAAGGGAAUUGAUGUUGAAGUGAGGCAAUCAAUUGAUGAGGCAGCCCAGUUUGCUACAACUGAUCCUGAACCAUCUUUGGAAGAUUUAGGCCAGCACAUUUACAGCAGUAAUCCACCUUUUGAAAUUCGUGGUGUAAAUCAGUGCAUCAAGUUUAAGUCAGUCAGUUAG